AUGAGUAAGUUUGGUUUAGCUGCAUUUGAUGAAGAUAAAACCAGUAGAUUUGAAGGCAUUACAACCGGAACACUGGAAAAACAAAAUGUCGAAUUAAAGUAUCAAUUAGAGGUAUUUCAGGAUAAGUUAGUUGAAUUUGCUAAAUUUCACAAUAAUGAAAUCAAGGCAAACCCUGAGUUUAGAUCAAAAUUUAUACAAAUGUGUUCAUCAAUUGGAAUUGAUGCUCUUUCACUCUUUGAUAAAGACAAACAUUUAUUCAAUAUUAAUGACUUUUAUUAUGAAAUAUGUGUUAAAGUGAUAGAGAUCUGUAGACAAACUAAGGAUAUGAAUGGUGGUGUAAUUUCCUUUGAAGAAUUGGAGAAGGAAUACUUUAAAGGUCGUAAUGUUGGAAGGAAUGAUUUAGAAAAAUCAAUAUUAAUGAUGAAAGACCUGAAUGGUGGCUUUGAAACAUUCGAAAUACGGGGAAAGAAAUUCUUAAGAAGUGUACCGAAUGAAUUAACUGGUGACCAAACUAAAAUACUUGAAGUAUGUUCAAUAUUAGGUUUCGCUAGUAUGUCAUUAUUACAAGCAAAUCUUAAUUGGAAGCAAGUUAGAAGUAAGGCAAUUUUGGAAGAGAUGGUAGCUAAUGGGUUAUUAUGGAUUGAUAACCAAGCUGGAAAGGAAAUACUCUUUUGGGAUCCAUCCUGGAUUGCCAAGGGUUCAGUAUGA